GUUUCUCUUUCCUUUCUACUAAAGUCUUAUUCAGACCCAUAAUCAUGAGCAACGAACCUUUGCAAGAAUUGAACGAUCACGAGAUCGAGUCCAACUGGGAGGAAGUUGUCGACAACUUUGACAACAUGAACCUCACGACUGAGCUUCUCCGUGGUGUCUACGCCUAUGGUUUCGAACGUCCUUCGGCCAUUCAACAGCGUGCCAUCAUGCCUGUUAUCAAGGGUCACGACGUGAUUGCCCAGGCCCAGUCCGGUACCGGUAAGACUGCCACCUUCUCAAUCUCUAUCUUGCAGUCGAUCGACGUCAACAUCAAGGAGACUCAGGCCUUGAUCCUUGCCCCCACCCGUGAAUUGGCCUUGCAGAUUCAAAAGGUCGUGCUCGCUCUUGGUGACUUCAUGGGCAUUGAGUGCCACGCCUGCAUUGGUGGUACCAACGUCCGUGAAGACAUUGCCAAGCUCCAGUCCGGCUGCCACGUUGUUGUCGGUACCCCCGGUCGUGUCUUUGACAUGAUCAACAACCGUCGUGCCUUCAAGACCGACUCUGUCAAGAUGUUCGUUCUUGAUGAAGCCGAUGAAAUGUUGUCCCGUGGUUUCAAGGAACAGAUCUAUGACGUCUUCCAGUUGUUGCCCGGCAGCACCCAGGUCGUCCUCUUGUCCGCCACCAUGCCCUCGGAUGUCUUGGAAGUCACCACCAAGUUCAUGCGCGAACCCGUUCGCAUCUUGGUCAAGCGUGAUGAAUUGACCUUGGAAGGUAUUAAGCAGUUCUACAUUGCUGUCGACAAGGAAGAGUGGAAGCUCGAUACCCUCUGUGAUUUGUACGAAACCGUCACCAUCACCCAGGCUGUCAUUUUCUGUAACACCCGCAGAAAGGUCGACUGGCUCACCGAUAAGCUCCACGCCCGUGAAUUCACUGUCUCCGCCAUGCACGGUGACAUGGACCAGGCCCAGCGUGAUGUUAUCAUGAAGGAGUUCCGUUCCGGCUCUUCGCGUGUCUUGAUCACCACCGAUUUGUUGGCCCGUGGUAUCGAUGUCCAGCAAGUCUCCUUGGUCAUCAACUAUGAUCUUCCCUCCAACCGUGAAAACUACAUCCACAGAAUCGGUCGUGGUGGUCGUUUCGGUCGUAAGGGUGUUGCCAUCAACUUCGUUACCGGUGAAGACGUCCGCAUGAUGAGAGACAUUGAACAGUUCUACAACACCCAGAUCGAAGAGAUGCCCAUGAACGUUGCCGACCUUAUCUAGAUAUGUAAUAAUGAAAAGCCCCCACCCACCUUUCCACAGUUGAAACCGUCAUCCUUUCUCCCCGGUGGCUGUCUUGUGUAAAAAACAUUAAGAAAAAAGUUUUAGUAAAGAUUUAAAAAAGUUUUGAGUGCUCGUUGC